CUCGGAGAACUGAUAGAUGGGUCCCAAGAUGAGCUGCGCAAAAAUAUUCAACACAUUGCGCCGCUGUAAGCAGCUAGAAGACGGCGACACCUCUACGCCUCUCGCCAGAUGCUUGGGCCUUCUAGACCUCACAGCCUUGGGGGUCGGCAGCACCCUCGGCUUGGGGGUGUACGUACUCGCCGGAUCAGUCGCGAAGGACGUGGCGGGGCCGGCCGUGACCCUUAGCUUCUUGGUCGCUGCUAUAGCUUCGGCUUUUGCUGGGUUGUGCUACGCAGAGUUCGCGGCGCGGGUACCUAAAGCAGGCUCCGCGUACGUGUACAGCUACGUCAGCGUGGGCGAGUUCAUCGCGUUCACCAUCGGCUGGAACCUCAUUCUGGAGUAUGUCAUCGGCACGGCCAGCGUGGCCAAGGGCAUGGCCAACUACAUCGACAGCCUGUGCAACAACACCAUGGCCAACACAAUGGCCCGGAUCGCGCCCAUGAAGGUGCCCUUUAUGGCUGACUAUCCGGACUUCUUCGCCUUUGGGCUAGUGCUCCUUAUAUGUGUCUUACUCGGCGUUGGCGUGAGCGAGUCGACGAAACUGAACAACGUGUUCACAGCUCUCAACCUAGCCACCGUUAUAAUAGUGGUCGUCGCCGGCGCUAUCAAAAGUGACCCCGCAAACUGGAGGAUUAAAGUCGAGAACAUAUCAGAGGAAUACCGCCCCAAGGCCGGCGAAGGAGGGUUUAUGCCUUGGGGAAUCGCCGGCGUGAUGGCGGGUGCCGCCAAAUGCUUCUUCGGCUUCGUGGGCUUUGACUGCGUGGCCACCACGGGCGAGGAGGCCAAGAACCCGAAGAGAGACAUCCCACUGUCGAUCGUCCUGUCGCUGGCGAUCAUAUUCAUCUCUUACUUCAGCGUUGCGACCGUUUUGACGAUGAUGUGGCCGUAUUAUUUGCAGGAUGCAGACGCGCCCUUCCCCCACGUGUUCCAUGAGUCGGGGAUGCCGGUCAUCAUGUGGAUAGUCACGAUCGGCGCGAUAUUCGCGCUGUGCACCAGUCUACUCGGCGCCAUGUUCCCUUUGCCCAGGGUGCUGUACGCGAUGGGGUCCGACGGAGUGCUGUUCCGCUUUCUCGCAGCUAUCAACACUAAGACGAGAACACCGCUGAUAGCUACGGUUGUGAGCGGGUUGCUCUCUGCAACAAUGGCGGCCAUUUUUAACCUGAACCAGCUGAUCGAUAUGAUGUCUAUUGGAACACUCCUGGCGUACACCAUUGUUGCGACCAGCGUCCUUAUACUAAGGUACGAAGAAGAAACACAUAUAAAGCUGAACAGGAGCAUGGUCCCGGAGACCCCGUACAGCGUGGCGCGGCAGACCUUCAACCUGUUGGGCCUCAAGCACCCCACAACACUCUCCUCCACCAUCGCCAAAUGCAGCAUAUGCAUAUUCUUCGUGGCAGCGCUGAUCACGUGCGUGUUGCUGCGCUGGGACGCGGAGAACUCGUCGCUGGGCGUGGCCGUGGGCGUGCUGGGAGGCGCGCUGCUUGUGUUGUUGCUGGUGCUGUACCGCCAGCCGCGCUCCAGCGUCGCUAAGCUCAGCUUCAAGGUGCCGCUAGUACCGCUGGUGCCGUACCUCAGCGUGUGCAUGAACGUGUACCUCAUGGUGCAGCUGGACCAGCAGACCUGGAUCCGCUUCAUCCUGUGGCUGGCUGUCGGCUACAUCAUAUACUUCAGCUACGGAAUCAAGAACAGUAAUCUGCGAGUUAAAAAAGUUGAACCUCAAAACGGACUAAGCAAAAUUGACCAUGUUCGGACUGCUAAUGGAAAGAUCGAGAACGAAAAGCACAUCACUCAGCUGUGAUACCGAAUAUAGACCGUAACAACAGGAAAUUAAAGUUACAUUCGUUUGACAUUGCCCUAGCAGCCUUUUGAUGUGGUACAGUCCUUCAGUAAGAUUUGCUUGCUCGCAAUCGAGCCGUUUUAGAGUGUCGAAAUACUUGAAACGCAGAGUAAAAUGGAUAUUAUUCAUAAUGUAUUAAAACUCAAAUAAACAAUUGCCUGCAAGUGGCGGGCAGUUAGGGCCGGGCCAAUAAUACUUGAAUUGCGACUUGCAAAUCUUGUACUACGUCUAAUAACCUCUGUUAUUAUCACUGGUCAGGCUGUUGUCAUUUUGUUUUUGUCUCCAAUAGAUUGUCGCCACUUUGGCGCUGUUAGUUGUGAAGCUGUAAUACGAGUGUACAAGGAACUACAAUUUGUCCAAUGGCGCUACAAAUAGAGAAAAGUUUCAUCUGUCAUUUGUAUAAUGACAGCCAGUCCAGGGGUUAAUAAUGAAGGCCAGAGAUGGCUAGGCAGCUGAGCAAUUUAGGUUUAUGAUUAGUUGAUUAUCUACGUCACGCGUCAUUGCAGUGAUAGGUUAUCGAGACUUGUGAACAGGGUAAGUAAAGGAUUUUCAUUGGUUGAUAAAAACGCAUCCGAGGUACGGGAGAUUUCUAAAUAGCAUGCGAGGAAGCUCGUAUUAUCAAAACCAUUUUUAUCCCUUGUUAUGGAAACUCCUUUGGGAUGCUGGACAUUCCCAAAACAGCUGCCACUGAACCGCUAAAUAAUAGUAGAUUUACACAGCAUGCUGGAAAUCAACCAGUUAGCGACCAAUGGUGUUAGACCCUGUUAAUAAAGUGAUAAAAGACAAUAUACAAUAAAUUUCACAUUAUACUUUAUCACUGACCUAUUUAUGUUAUGACAAAAUAUUGUUUUAUUUGAUGUUUUAGAUUGGAUUUUCAGUCGAAAAAUAUUACAAAAACAAUUUUUACCCGUGACAAUUUAAAAACAAAUAUAAUUAUAUUACAAAUUUAAAUAGUUCACAACAUUAGCGAACGCUUAUUAGAAUUUCUAUUUAAGAUGCCUUUAAAGCUCAGCUACUUCAGGUCAAAAUAUUAACUUAGGUCUAGGUCUAGGAGCAGAGCUCGGAACCGCCAGUCUGCUUGACGACGGACUUGAAAACGAAUUUUCACUGCGGCUGUGGUGGCAUAACUUGUAAUUUAAUAUUUAAAUUAUUUAAUAAAUGUAUUUAAAGUGUUGUUAAUAAAUAAUUUAGUGUGUUAAGAAUUUUAUGUAUAUUUAUAAUAAUUAUUGUAGUAGUUAAUUUAAGACCACCUACCUACGGCUCAAUGAUGUUAUAAGCGAAAGAAAGAGGCAGGUUAUAUUGACGACAAUAAUAAUUUAUAAUGCCGACGUUUUUUAUUAUUUACGUGUCAUUAAAUAUAUAGUUAUAAAUUUAAUAAUCUUGAUUUAAAUAAUCAACUCUGACCUACAUAUUUAAAAAAAAAAUUAAAAAACGAGUCAGUUUACUAAAAUAAAGCUAACAUAGAAAGGCCAGUAUCCUUAUCUAACAUUGGAUCCUAACUACAUGCUUGUGUCAUCCGUUUUAUCUACUCUUCAUAUAAUGGAAUGGCGAGAUUUAUGUUACCAAUAGCAUUUACUAGUGUGACAUUAUUUAAGUGUUACGUGAAAUAACUUAAGGUUGGCGAAUUAGCACAGUUUAAGGACGACUAGUCGACCUCUUUUUACUUACAACAUCAACGGCUAAUCUGUCGCUUAUUCGAGUUACCUACGUGAUAGUACGCGCACUAAUAGGUACAAAACUUUUUUUAGUUACAUUGUUGAAUCCGCACAGGUAUUUUAGCCAAUCAUAGCGCUUCAUGAUUACGCGCGAACUAUCGCGUCUGCUGCUAUUGGCUGCAUGAGUCGCUUGCUAUUUCUCUAAAUUUGGAAUUUAAACUGAAAUCCACAAAGUCAAAAUAUUUCAUUGCAAUUAGCAAUAGCUCUCAAAUAGCUCGUUACCCAAUUUGGCGCUGAGAAAUAUUGACAAAGUAACUUAAAAAGUGGUAAGUAGGUACAUUUAUGUAGUGUACAUUUGACAUCGAUUUUAACGUUUGUCUGAAAAUAUAUUUUAGACGUCCGUCCAUUAGAAUAAACACUGACCCUUUAAGGGUGGAUGUGGAUUUCUCAGAUCUGGUCCGCGUGCGUGUGAUAGCGCGCGUACCCUGUCACCUAUCCAAUAACCUGCGUCCCCCAUGGAUGAUAAAAAAGGUACAUAUGAAAUUAUACGAUACGGGCGGCCCAAAUGCGGACCAGACCAGACCAGACCAAUCCGCGAUGAAGAAGAAAUCCGCAUGACAGGAGUCCCUAAGUUGUGGACAGUCAUACUAAAAUAUUUGCGGGUAGUGUUAUAACUUAUAUCGUUCAAACAGAGCUUGAUAUCACAUACUUACAUUAAUUUCAUACUUAUUUAUGUGUAUUGUAACCCUGUAACACAUAUAUAGAUACUGUGAUAGUAUUUGGUACAGUUAUAUUAGUCCUAUUUGAAAUAUUGUUAACUGUCAGUUUUUCGCAUAGAAUUAGCGCGGUAUAAUUUUUUGGAAAGGUUAAAAAUAUACGGCGCCUCUGUGUGUCAAGAAGUUGAAAAUCAAUUGCAAAUGCGCCAAACCCAGGAAAGUAGACGAACAAGAUAGAAAUUAAUCAAAAUGUUAUAAUUAUUGUAAGAAAGGAGCCUUAUUUUACCUAAAUAAAAACAUGUCGUGGUAAUGUACACAUAAACUUAAUAAAAAAAUAUGUUGAUAAUAAUGUAUAAUUUUAUAAUAAGUAAUAUA